CUGGUUUUAUCGGAGUCGUCUUCUUUCUAAAGGAGAUCUGGGGGGGUCUUGGUUGGAAACGCUGGAGCUAGAGCAACAUGGCUGCGGUCUGGUUCCGCUUUAUAUCCGCAGAUUAUCAUGAACGUUGCGUACUCAAUCAAACCCUUGCUUUUGUACCAUUAAGCAUACUAUGUGACACUCUAGAUGUGUCUGAGUUCGACGCCAAUAUAUAUAUCCUCGUCUUAUACAAAGCUCAGGCUGUGCCAGAAAAUCGUGUCCAAUGGCAGAAAACAACCUCCCGCAGGAUGAACAGACAGUGACUAUUCUGCUCCUCGGAGACCCGGGAUGUGGUAAAACAACAUUUCUAUCGAGCUUGAAGUCCAACCUUCGUAGACACCAUGGACAGACGCCUAGUCAGGAAAAUAUUGAGGAAUCCCUUCUACGGGACAGUGACCAGCCAUUCAUCUACGAAAUCCGCUUCUCAAAGAAGUCAUUCAGACUUGAAGUAUAUGACACCGCAAGUCCCAACCAACAUUGGUCUACUUUGCAGCCCGAUGUUAUACUUCUGGCAUUCGAUAUCUCAAAUAGAGAUACCUUGAACAAUCUUCGCAAUUGGCGAAAUGAUAUCACCAGGUACUUCCAGAACGGUUAUGGUGAACGCAUACCGAUUAUGUUGAUUGGCUUGAAGAGAGAUCUUAGAGUGGAAUGUGAGGGAGUUAUAUAUCCUCAAGAGUCGUAUCGGAUUGCGCAGGAACUCCGAUGUGAUCAGUAUGCGGAGUGCUCUGCUGUCACUGGGGAACUCUUACGAGAGACGUUUGAAGAUAUUGCGCGGCUUGCUGGAAUGACGACUACGGCGGCUGGAGGCCAAACUGCUGGCGCUUGUGUUAUUCUUUAGUAUACUUGAUACCCUUAUUGAUUUUGUGGAUCCAUCAUGUUUAGAUAUGUGAUAUAUUUACUUAAAUUUGUUGGCUUAGAAUAACGGUACUUGAUGCCUAACCGUUCCUAUCCUCCUGAGUGAUACGUGACGAGAUUGGCACCACAGGUAUCAGCAUGGGCUUCUACGCAUUCUUUCUGACCUACGUCUACU